AUGAAUGAAUCCAGGAGGUAUGCAACAGAUGUGGUGAUCUACAGACAUGCGCGUAUAUAUUACGUAUAGAGUCUUGAAAGACUUUUGUAGAUUUUAGAAUAUAUUAAAGAGCUACCUGACCAUAGAACUACAUCUGUUAUACCCCAGACAAAGUCGAAAAUUAUUGUGUAAAAUGUUCUAAUAAUAUUUUGACCUAUAUACUUCAAAACAUUUCUAGAUUUAAGCAUAGAUGUAAGAACAUUCUGACUAUAGCACUAAAGCUAUCAUUAUUAAUUUGGUGAUUUCAACGUAUAUGCAUGGAAGCCCUCUUUCCAAUAAUAGACAGAUUUAGAUCGAGGACGCGGACGUCAAAGACGACGUGAAAAUGGCGUGGCAUAUCCAUACAUGAGACACACGCCAUUUUCACGUCGUCUUUGACGUCCGCGUCCUCGAUCUAAAGAUCCAGACACACCGGACGCGAUUCGACAACGCGACGCGAUUUUUUAGUUUUUGAAAGUUAAUAAAACAGCCAAUGAGAGCAAAUUUUGAAAGAUAUGUAGACCAAAUAACUCAAAUUGUUAUACCGCUUCUAAAUAUUUGGAAAAUUUAAACUAGAACCAAAAAAUGAAAAUCGAAAAAUUCGCUAAUCGCACAGAAUAACACCAACUGAUAUAAUAGUUCAAAUGCAAUGAUAAGUUAUACCUCUUGAAUUACGUCUCAGGAACUGUGUUGGAAAUAUAAAUGCUGACCCAUUACAUAUUAGAUUACCGUUUUAUGUAUAAAACAUUUUGAUCGCAUGUAAGGACUGUUAUUUCUCAGCCCAGAGACAUAACCCAAAGACUUUACAUUACAGAUUUUAUAGCGGAGAUAGAGCUCAAACUAAGGAUUUUAGAAAGCGUUAUCUGUACCUUCUCAAAGUUGUAGGCAAGAUAUGUUGUUUACUCAAAAUGAUUCGAGAAAAACGGUCUUUUGUUAAAAGGAAGACUGGUUAAUAGAAAUUGGUCCAUCGAUCCGUGUCUUUCAGUGAACAAUGAAAAAAUUGUCGUGAAAUUAGUGAAGAUAAAAUAGCAGUUUGUGAGAAAACGGCGGGUCUAACGGAGCGGGGACUUUUCGGAUUUGAACUCAGCGCGUUCGAAAGUGUUAGUUCCCGUAAAAAUAUUUCAGUUCCAAGACAUGGGAAAUGAAUUUGUAUCGUAAAAAUAUUUCAGUUCCAAGAUAUGGGAUUUUCGAGGUCACAUGCAGCAAACGGCCUACAGUAAAUAUCUCCCAACCAAGUCUGAAUUCCCGCUUUUCUUGAUUUUUGUCGCGGGCUCGGGGAGUGGGGCCACUGCCAACUGCCCCCUCUCCCUGUGUAAACUGUUUAUGUAGCAUCACUUGCCUCAACAAGUCGUAUCCACUUGAGAACAUCACAUGCAAAAAUGGUUAGACACAAACAUUUCACAAAGAAAUAAAUCAGCCCAAAUUGGAACGGAAGAAGCUUUUUCUCUUAUAAAAUCAUAAAGAUCUCGAGAAACCAAAUGUUUUCUAGCCCGUCGCUAGUUUCAUCGGUAUUAAGGGCAUUUCCCCCAACAAGGAACAACCUGUUCACAAGUCAAAACUUCUAUUUUCCUCCGCUCCAACAGCUGGCGAGGUUUGUUUACUCUCUCUAUCCCUAUACAUUCCUCGUAAAUAAGAAGUUUCAAUGAAAAAUAUUUGUCUUCUACAGGUUCCCAAAAUUUGCAAAUAUAAAAUACAAGGAUCGAGAUAAAAACGAUAUAGGGAGUAAAAUACUGGCAGCAUUAGCAACUAUGCCAAAAGCGGAAUACAUAAGACAGAUGGGUAAACGACCAUAGGUUACACAAGAUAAAAAAAUAAGGCCGAGAAACAGUAUUUCCCGGUGUACGACACAUAAAAAAGAGAUAAACGAGGGCGUCUUCCGGAAUCGAUUGCCAUUAAGAAUACUGAUAAAACCUUUAAGUAUUUCGGUAUUUUCGGAAAUAACAUGUAAUUAAUAAUAAGAACAACAAAUCCUAUAAAAUAAAUAUUGAAUAUAUUCCAUUUUCCUCACUAAAUCCGACGGAGAACCGUCAUAACAGUUGUAUUUUCUUAAAGGUUUGCCAAAUGCUUUACAGCAUUUGUGUUUAGAUGAUCGACGUAUUUGAUAAUAGCACAUUUCAUGCCCCGUAUUUAAUGCGGCUUUAAGAAGACCAAGUAAAUUUCCAGCCGUAAAAUCGUCUCGGAUUUUUUCAAGUGCAAUAUAUCCACGAGGGUUCUUGUAGAUUACCAUGUCAACGGUUUGUUUACCAACAGUCAGGAAAAUGCUUGAAUAAUGUUCUCUAAAUACAAACUUCGAUAUUUUGGCCAAUUUUAUCAGCAUAUAUAUCCAGUACAAACGUAACUGAAUGAUAUUAGUCAUUUUAUUGUAUGCCGACUGCGAAAAUGUUAUUGACUGGGUCUGGGGGGGGGGGGGGGGGGGGGGGGGGGGGCAAAACGGGUCACCAUGGGGGACUGGGGAGGGUCUUUGCCCCUCCCCCCUACAACAACUGCCCUGCAUUAUAUAAUUACAUGGCAAACUUGGUACAUCCAGUAAUACUGCCUUUGGAUUGGCUACAAUAUACAUCCAUGUGAUUUGUAUUUCAUGUGUGUAUUUAUAUAAUUUAUUUAGCCCGACAAAAAGCUCUGUCUGGGAGACGAGUAUUAGAUGAAUAUUCAAGGAGAAGACGUCAAAGACGGCAACUUGACGCAUUGGAAAUGGACAACUUUGGUGAUGAUCCUCAUGCGAACCUCGCAAAAGCAAAGAAAUUACCAUCCUUUAUUGACUCCCCAGAGGGUGAGAAGUAGAUAUUUUAAAUUGAACUAUCUUGUGUUAUUUGCAAAGCACGUAUGCAUGUGUGUAUAUGAUUAUUAACAAUCGUCAACAAUUUCAAAUAGUAUAUUCAACUAUUAAAAGUACCAAAUAUGUAGUAUACAUUGUAGGCCCUAAAACAGGCGGGAAAUUUGUCUGAGCAUGCGCGAGCAAAAUGAGCCACGCAAUUCCGUGGAAUAUUUACAAAAAGGCGCAAUUGUGUAAAUAUUGCCAAAUGUUUGGUAUAAAAUAAAUGACUGUGUUAUGUUGAAAAUGGACAAGAUCUAAAUUAAUCAUACAGAAUGUUUUAGUGACGUUCUAUUUCAGUACCGUGCCAUUGUCUCUGGUGUGCUGUCCGUGUGCAUUCGAUCUGAAGCAGUUGCUACUUUGCUGUCGAAACAUUUCGAAUGUUUACAUGAAAAUAGAGACAAUUCAUGCAUUUUAUAACCUCGUGAUAUUAAAUGAAAAUGCAUGAAACAGAGAACAUUUUUAGAAAGUUUUAUCGUGAGGCCACGGCCAGUUUUUAAAAUAUCUUCAUUUCUUUUCCGGUCAUCACCAAAGUUACACUGAAUCCAUAUAAACAGCCCCUAAGAUGACGACUGGUUUUGUUUUUUACUGAUCUUUCAUGUUUAAAAACACAUUUAAAACAGAAAAAAAGAAAAAGAAGAAGAAAGGUACUGGGGAACAUUUCAAGCAGGUACAGUACUUACAUGCUCUCACCGUAUUUACUCGUUUAAACGCCGGUCCAGAUAAAGCGUAAAAUUAUUAUAAAGAGCGCUUAUAACUGAAGUACCGUCAGACAUAAUUGCUUCAGAAGCCUACCAGACUUGAAUAUUUUUCUCCAGUAUUGCAGUCACUUUUGCGUUUAAAGUGAGUACAUUUCCAUAUCUCUCAUAAACUUGCUCUCAUUUAACUAAUUCGUCUUAAUUUCUCUUUUCCUCUUUCCAGUGACUAUUAUAUCUACAUGUUACAAGUAAAAUAAUUUUUAAACACGCAUGCAGCAGCCAUUCUCUUUCAGUCAAAACCUCUCAUUAAAUGUAAAAACUUGUUAGAAAAAGUUCUCAUUUUAUUUGGUCUAACAAGCAAUACUAACUUGCAUGUAUUUAAUAUUUAGCUUUUUUCUGUUUUCAGAGAUUUAAGAAAACGUUUGUGUUAUUACUUGAAGAGGAGGUAAGUUCGGCAGUAAACGCAUGCAACGGUAAGCUGCAUAACCGGUAGUUUGCUGACCUCAAACUGACAUUAUCCGUUCCAAAUUGGAAUCGUACGAUGUUUCGAAGUUCGUCAAAGUUCUAUCGGGCUGAGCUCUAUACGCUGAUAUCCAGUCUCUUUCUAUUAUUGUUUUUGUCUGCGCGGUUGACUCAAGACUGCAAGGAGUAUACCAAAAUUUCGUGUUUCGAUUCAAAGAACAAUAUUAUGAUUCUAUGAACUGAUAAUUUGGCUAGCGAUACGAUCCGUAUAGAAAAAAACUUGAAUUAGCCGACAAAAAUGGUAGGAAAAGUAUUUACGGUCGUAAGAUUUUGGACUUCAAUUUCCGCCAUCUUGGCUUUUUUUAGCAAGUGAGUUGUCUAUUUGGAAUUUGUACUCUGUAAAAAAACACUCAUCCAUAUUCCACCAUAUCGUGUGCUCGUAGAAACGAUGACGUCAUGUCAGCACGUAUCCAGCGAAAUAACCUUUUCCCAAAAGUUACCAGAGUUAUUUAUUUACACUGUACGUCAUUCGUAGUCUCGAUAGAUUACAACGCCAACUACAUGCUGUACGAUUGUUGUGGCGAGAUUUGCCGCAACAAAAGAGCGGGUCGCAACCUUAUUCCCAAUAUUUCACAGUAUCUGCCACUGCGCGUUACGUUCAUGCUGAAAAAUGGUCCAGUGCUUUUAAUUACCCACUUUGGAACUACCAAAUCGAACGUUAUAAAGUUUCACAUUGUAUUUUACUUAGUAAUUAUUCCAGCGUAUAUUUUAACGUAUAUUUUAGAAACAAGAUUUUGUUGAGGGCGAGCCAAACUACGUGACAGCUUGUGUACCACCUUCAAGAUUUCCCGAACGUCGUUUCUGUUCAGUAUGUGGAUAUCCUUUUUGUUACUAAUAUAACUUAUAACAGUGCUUUUUCCCAGGACAGGGAACACUGAACCGAUCAGACGUCUCCGGCGAAGGCUAUAACAAUGUCACUUAUAACCCUUUAAAGUUUAAAGCUAUAAUUUCCUUAACAAUUCUCACAUUUCCCUCGAACUACACAUGUGUUCAAUGUGGCAGCCGAUACUGCUGUGUCAAAUGUCUAGGAACUCAUCAAGAUACAAGGUACAAAAACAUCUUCCACUAAAAUUGAGGUAACAAAAAAAUUAUGGCCAGACCCAUACGUGAACCCGAUUUACUAGAGAAGCAGAGAAAACUAUGUACAUAGUGAGAACUCAAGGUGUAUUUAGACUUUAAUACAGUACAUCAAGUAUAGGGGUGCACCGGAACCAGUUUUUUUAAGUUCCGGCCGGAACCGGAUCCGACCGGAACUGGAAAAAAGUUCCGGCCGGAACCGGAACUAAUUUAUUAAGCCAUAUAUAGUCAUAUGUUUCUUUGUCCGCUGCCAGACAGGCAGACACUUCAAGUCAUAAAGGAGAGAGCUCGCAAAUGUUAGAAUAAAAAGAUUGACAAGCGUUAAACGUCAUAAUGAAGUGUUAGUAGUGUACAUUUCCCUUGCGUAGUCCAAAUUUCUUCCUACUGUGACCUUUUGUUAGACACAAAAACGUUUGAUAUUCUAUCUCUCUGAAAACAACAGAGUUCCGGUUCCGGCCAUGCUUUUUUUACUAGUUCCGGCCGGAACCGGAACUCUAAAAAAUCGGGGUUCCAGCCGGAACUAACCGGCCGGAACCGAGUUCCGGUGCACCCCUAAUCAAGUAUAGUACAUAAAAGGUAUUCAUUCAGUGAGCUACAGAAAAUAUCAAUUCACAGUUAAUAGAAUACAUGGUUUGGAGACUCGAUGAAAGUACAAUAUGUUGGUUCAUUAUUAAACUAUGUUGGUUUCGGUUUAUGCAAGAAUUUGGGCGUCACGUCACGUGUGUAUUGUAUUUUUUCCCGCACAACCAAUAGCAAUGUUUAAAUUGAGCAUUUGUUCAAGUUACGGAUGGAUAACUCAACCACAAAUUUGUUAUUGGUUAUUUGAGCGAAAAUACAAUACACACGUGACGAGAUAAGACCAAAUUCUUGCAUAAAGCUGGACAAUAACAUAGUUAAUGAGUUAUAUUGUACUGUACGAGUCUCCAAACCAUCUAUUAAAAUAACUGUGAUUAAUUAGAACAAGGUCAAGGAGCACAAUUGCAUAUACAAACGCAUACAGUUGAAUUCAACAAUCCCAUCAUUCAUCAAUCCAAUGAUGAGUCCCAUCAAUCCAUAGCUACUUAGGCAGCGUUUACACUGUACCGUUUUCGUAGCGUUCUCGUAUUGUUCGAGAGAACUAGACUAUUGUCUUGCGUUCCCUUGAGGAUUAAGAACAAUACGAGAACGCUACGAAAACGGUACAGUGUAAACGCUGCCUUAGUUACAGUUUUGAAACCUUGGAAAGUUUGCUUGUCAUACCAGCAAAUUGUAAGUACGCAAAUAGCGAAUGGCUGACGAAAAAGACCAGGCCGUCGUAAUAUUCGCUUACCUCCGGCACGUAAAAUGGUAAAUCAACGCAAAUUACUGCAGUCUUGAGGUAUCCUGCAGAUAAACACACCAACAAACCAAGGUGAAAACAUGAACUCCUAUAGCCGAGGUAAUAAAAAUCGUAUCAUUGAUACAACAGCUGAUGUGCUUGCAUGAAUCACCUAAAAAAUAUUUCUGCCACAUUAAAGUUUUUCAAGUAAGAACUAAGUACAUUGCAGAAACACAGAAGCCAUAUGCCAGUACAUCUUCUCUAAUGUGUUGUCCUUUAACGCGGCUUAUUUCAGCGGCUUAUUUCAGCGGCUUAACAACAAUAUUUCCUCAUUAUUUUUGUAUGGACGCUUGCAUAUGUAUGAUUAUAUUGACUUGGUUCUCCUUUUUCGCAUUCAGUGACUAUAGCAGGAUCGUGACUAAAACACCACACGAGUACAUAUGAGUAACAUACGAGUAACACACAGGUACAUACGAGUACAUACGAGUAACACACGAGUACAUACGAGUAACAUACGAGUAACACACGAGUACAUACGAGUAAAACACAAGUACAUACGAGUAGAAUACGAGUAAAAUACGACUAGUAAACUUGUUUUUAGUGUUUGUAGAUUGAAUACAGGCAAAAAGAUCGUCUUCUCUGUCGAAAAACGUGAAAUAGACUGAAACCGGCUAUCUUUAAAACCCGGAACGGGGAAUGGGGGGACGGGGAAUGGGAGAACGGGAAGUGGUGGAACGGGAAGUGGGGGAACGGAGGGAAUGGAGGGGGGAGGGAGGAAAUAGGAGACAGGGGGCGGGGGAGGUCUGCCAGAUUCUAUAAACCACAACUUUGUAGUUUGUACAACAUCUACUUUUAGGUAUUCUACCUGUGAGCAUGCACAAAACCUAACUCACUAACUGCAUCUAUAUAAAUAGUUGUCGAAUAAGGCUCAAUAUUUUGGACACAAAAAUGUAAACAAAGGCUUUGUUUACAUACGGACUGUAUAUCACCUUUAACAAUAAUUUAUCCAUUACUUAUUAUUAAAGGGGGAUAGCAAUGGCCGUGGGUCACGUGUGUGGCCGACAUACCGCGAAUGAAUAGGGGGGUCUGGAGGCAUUAACUCCCCAGAAAAUUUUUGAAAUUUCAAGCCCAAAAAUGCCAUUUCCUGCCGUCUGAGCAUCUAAAUUUUCUAGAAUUUAUCCUAACUAUACUUCUAUUUGAAAUAAAAGAAGGAAAAACACACAAAGAAUUUAAAAAAUAUUAACAAUAAUUUAUCAUUACUUAGUGUUAGAAACACGUAGGAUGCCACGCGGUGACACAGUCCUUUAAAUCGAUUUUGUUAAACAAGGACAAAGGAUAAAGCCUAAAACGUACGUUCCGUUUAUCAAUUUGUUAUUCUUCGCUGGUUUGUUUGUAUAAAUUUAGGAAAAAGGGACUUUUCCUGGGGGGGGGGGGUGAAAGUGAGCCUCAGAACGUGCAUUUUCAUUUCCGAUCAGCCUGCAUCAGAGCAAAGUAUCCAAGCUUUCCUGGCGACGUUCUCGUUCCUCCAGACUUUCCUCCCCUUCUCAAGGUGGAGCACGUUCAAAGGCUUGCAGGAGAGUUCGGCUGGGUCCUUUAGAAACGUACUUGCCAACUUAAAUUGCUAACUUAAAAUCUGCGUAUUUUGAAGUAUUUUGUGUUUUGUUAGUUUUGCUUUGUAAGAUAUUUAAAAUAGGAUAAUCACUUUAAGAUAUCAUAUGGAGCAUAAGGACCGCCUUGGGCUUGCAUCUAGUCCUUAAGUUUGUUUUAUUAUAUAGCAAGUAUAUUAGUAAUGACAUAACCAAUGUUAUUAUUAUUAAUAUUACUUAAUGAUCGGACAUAAGCAAUGUGGAUUGACUUUUUUAUGAUACGCUGUACUAAUAAAGGAAAGCUUCGCCAAAUUUCUUUACUAGUUUUAAUUCAUUGAGCGGUUUUCUAAUCGUCAAGACACCACAGUCCAUUUUAUAGUUUCGUAAUUCCCCGAUUCCCGUUUAUCCUGUCGAAUUUCUGUUUCUUUUUUUCUGUUCUUCCCCCCCGUACAUAUGAUUAAUAUUACGUAUUAAUAAUAAUUCAUAAUUGCUCGAUCCCCCUCCCCCCGUUCUUCGUUUCCACCAUUCCCUGUUCCUCCAUUCCCCGUUCCCCCAUUCCACGUUUUUCGACAGAGAAGACGAUCUUUUUGCCUGUAUUCAAUCUACAAACACUAAAAACAAGUUUACUAGUCGUAUUUUACUCGUAUGUACUCGUAUGUACUUGUGUUUUACUCGUAUGUCACUCGUAUGUACUCGUGUGUUACUCGUAUGUACUUGUGUGUUACUUGUAUGUUACUCGUAUGUACUCGUGUGGUGUUUUAGUCACGAUCCUAUAGCAGAACAAGAGUUUCGUACUAGAGACCAGAAAGAACUAUCUCGCUCCCAAACCUACAGCAUAGAGCCUUAAAAUGUAAAGAAGUUAAGAACAUAAUUAUGUCAUUUGUGAACAAAAUUAUUUCCUUUCUCUGCUUUCUCCAAGAGAGAAAGAAGUCGUUCGCUUGCAUCUUUUUCCUUGCUUCAUUCAUCGUCGUGCGUAUUUAAAGCAGUUGAAUUUGUAGCCUACUGAGCAUCAAUGAGCUUUCAUAUAGUAUUAUGUAGAAUGAGCAGGAAAGUAUGGUAUUAUAAUACAUUCACCCCCUUGUGAUUUCUUUUUAUUAGAUGCUUGA